GGGCCCGCGGUGCUCCCCUCGGCUGUCCCCCGCGCUCCGCGGCUGCACCGCCACGUUCCGGGCUGUGUGCGCCCCCACGGCGGGAGCUGCGGCGGGCGGUGAUCCGAACUCUCCCGUACUGCAUUCCCGGGGAGCCCCCCGGGCUCUGAGGGGGCUGCCGGUUGCUGUUGUUUGGUGGUGUGUUGUUUUGUUGUUUUUUCCCCAACUGUAAGGCUGGGAUUUUAGUGGAGACCGUGAUCUGUCGCGAUGAGUUUUCUGCUGCCCAAACUGACCUGUAAGAGGGAAGUGGAUCAGGCAAUUAAAAGCGUCGCUGAGAAGGUUUUGGUUCUCCGUUUUGGAAGAGAUAAUGAUGCUGUUUGUCUGCAGCUCGACGAUAUUCUUGCAAAAACAGCUCAUGACCUAAGUAAAAUGGCAGUCAUUUACUUGGUAGAUGUGAACAAUGUCCCAGUGUACACCCAGUAUUUUGACAUCAGUUAUAUUCCAUCUACUGUAUUUUUCUUCAAUGGACAGCACAUGAAGGUUGAUUAUGGGUCUCCAGAUCACACCAAAUUUGUGGGAAGCUUCAAAACAAAGCAAGACUUCAUAGAUCUGAUUGAAGUGAUCUACCGUGGAGCAAUGCGGGGAAAGCUCAUUGUGAGAAGUCCUAUUGAUCCCAAUAACAUUCCUAAAUACGACCUUCUCUACCAAGGAAUUUAAUGGGUUAAUCUGAGAAAAUAAUUACACAAAUGGACGAUGUUGUAGAUCCCUUUUUCCUUUGAGCAUUUUUGGCCUCCUCUGACAUCGUGGGACAGUUUGAGCAUUUAUCCUGAAGGAUCAUAUUGGUCUCCUUCUGACGACAGAUAUUCUGUCACCUCAUGCUUCUCUCAUAAAUAAAGCUACGUGUUCAUGCACAGAGUUCUUUGAGUUGUGUGCUGACCAGCCCUUAGAAAACAGGCAGGCUGUGUGCAUCCUCAGCUGUGGCAUCUCCAGUGCAACCUUCUUCAGGGAACUGAGGCACACUGGUAGUUGUCUGUUUAGUACCAUUUUCAUGCAGAUGUAAUAACAGCAAACGUGACAUUAAUAAAAAAAGCUGUGUUUGCUCUCAA